AUGGUGCUUCUCGGGUUCAUGCUGAACUACGCACUGCGCGUGAACCUCACAAUUGCCAUAGUGGAGAUGAUAUUCGACGAGAAGGACGCACAGGUGGUGGCCAACCUCACCGAAUCACUUAACGUUACAGAGCACCCAGAACAUAUAACACAGACCCGCUAUCAUUGGGAUACAAAGCAGAAGAAUCAUCUGCUUGGCUGCUUCUUCUGGGGUUAUGUUCUCACAGAGGUUCCAGGUGGUCGACUUGCAGAGGUUAUAGGAGCAAGACGAGUCUUCGGCUACAGCACUCUUCUUGCCAGCAUCCUCACCCUUCUCUCCCCUGGUGCUGCCGCGCUUGGCUUCGGCUGGAUAGUGGCGUUGCGAGUAGUUCUCGGCUUCCUCUUGGGAGCAACAUGGCCUGCCAUUCUUCCCAUGGCAUCCAAAUGGAUACCUCCAAUGGACAGAUCGAAGUUCAUGUCAAACAUGAUGGGUAAGUUAUAUAUCUAG